CGGGCUGUGGGUCGGUGCGGUGGGAGCCCCGCGGCCCGGCCGGCGUCCUGCAGGCCCCGGGCUACAUGCCGCCGCAGAACGUUCCGGCUGACGGGGGGCUCAGGGGUUUGGGAAAACCGCGCGCUCCGCGGCCCGCGCUCCCGUGUCGCCGGCCGUGACCGCCCCGCGGGACCCCGUCAACCUCGCAAGCCGCCGAGGCGCGGCAGAGAGACCAGACCGGGUGGCGGGGGCGCAACUGAGCCGGGGCCGGGGAGGCCCGCGGACGCAGGAUGGAACAGGAGUGGGCCUUGUACGAUGUUGCCCUGUAAGAAGAGAAGGACUACGGUGACAGAGUCCCCACAGCACCAGGGCAGCCAGGAGGGAGAGGACCCCGACCUGGAGUCGGUUGUUAAAUCAUCGUCUGACCAGGUGAAAGACUGGGGCUCGGCGUCCCCCUCCGGGGGUCUGAGCCACGGCAGAGCGGCAGGCCUUGAGGUGGAGUCCGUGCAGGAUGCUGGAAGUCAGCUUGCUGGGGAGGACUCGUGUUUGAGCUCUAGGGGGCUCACCCAGGACACGGAUGCACCAGUUCUAGAAGCUGUUGAUGCAGCCAUCUCUCAGGGACUCACGCUGCCUUCCUUGGAGACUUCCCAGCCACUUCAUGUACACAUCGGUAGAGGAAAAGUCCAGACAGCUGGCUCAAGGAGAGGGAAGAAGAUGACGCUCAGGCCUGGGCUUGUUCCCCAAGAAGACAGAGGUGAUCACCCUCUUCCAAAGGAGCCUUUCUCAGGAGAGCCGAGUGAAGAAGUCAAGGAAGAAGGAGGAGAACCUCAGUUGCAUUCUGGAGGGGCGAUGCCUUCGCCGCCCUUAGGCAGCCACUCUGCAAAGCCAGGAGCCCAGCCUGGGAAGUCCCCUCAGCCAGGUGUGUGUGGCUGUCCUCAGGAAAAGCCCCUCGGGAAUCUGGCUCCGCAAGUCGAGGAUGAGACAGAGGACGGUGGGCUCUUCAUCCCGAUGGCAGAGCGGGGCGGUGAAGGAAGCGAGAGGAAGCGAAGAAAGAGGAGGGGCACCAAGCGGAGGCGGGACGGCCGGGGUCCCGAGGGCGGGGCGUGGGCCUGCGACCUGAAGCUGGACGCCGCGCUGGACCGCACGCUGGAGGACGGCGCCAAGCAGCACAACCUGACCGCGGUCAACGUGCGCAACAUCCUGCACGAAGUCAUCACAAAUGAGCACGUGGUGGCGAUGAUGAAAGCAGCCAUCAGCGAGACGGAGGACAUGCCGAUGUUCGAACCCAAAAUGACACGCUCGAAACUGAAGGAAGUGGUGGAAAAAGGAGUGGUGAUUCCGACAUGGAAUAUCUCACCCAUUAAGAAGGCCAAUGAAAUUAAGGUAAACUUGGAAGAGCCUCCUCAGUUUGUGGACAUCCAGCUGGAGGAGGACGACUCGUCCGACGAGGAGUACCAGCCGGACGACGAGGAAGAGGACGAGACGGCCGAGGAGAGUUUGUUGGAAAGUGAUGUCGAGAGCACCGCCUCGUCUCCACGGGGCGCGAAGAAGUCCCGGUUGAGGCCGUCUUCCGAGAUGACGGAGACCGAUGAGGAGGCCGGUGUGCUGUCAGAGGCCGAGAAAGUCAGCGCACCUGCUGUCAGGCACAUCAGUGCUGAAGUGGUGCCCAUGGGGCCCCCGCCGCCCCCAAAGCCCAAGCAGAGCAGGGACAGUACUUUCAUGGAGAAGCUGCACGCCGUGGACGAGGAGCUGGCGUCCAGUCCCGUCUGCAUGGACUCCUUUCAGCCCAUGGACGACAGCCUCAUUGCGUUCCGAACCCGCUCUAAGAUGCCUCUGAAAGACGUUCCCCUGGGGCAGCUCGAGGCCGAGCUCCAGGCUCCAGACAUCACCCCAGACAUGUAUGACCCCAAUACCGCGGACGACGAGGACUGGAAGGUGUGGCUGGGGGGGCUCAUGAACGAUGACGUGGGCAACGAGGACGAGGCUGAUGACGAUGACGACCCCGAGUAUAACUUCCUGGAGGACCUGGACGAGCCCGACACGGAGGACUUCCGCACCGACCGCGCCGUGAGGAUCACUAAGAAGGAGGUGAACGAGCUGAUGGAAGAGCUCUUCGAAACUUUCCAGGACGAGAUGGGACUCUCCAACGUGGAAGAUGAUGGCCCGGAGGAGGAGGAGCGCGCGACUGAGCCCCGGCCGAGCUUCAACACCCCGCAAGCCCUGCGGUUCGAGGAGCCGCUGGCCAACCUGCUGAAUGAGCAGCACCGCACGGUGAAGGAGCAGCUGGAGCAGCUGAAGCUGCGGAAGGCAUCGGGCCGGCAGGUGCCCGAGGCCGAGCGUGCACAGCCGCCGGUGGAGAAGGUCCGUCAGACGCUGACUCUGGACCUGGCGCAGAGGGGGCGCCUCCAGCAGCAAAUGCAGCAGCAUGUUCAGCUCUUGACGCAGAUUCACCUUCUCGCCUCCUCCAACCCCAACCUCAGUUCAGAGGCCAGUACCACCAGGAUAUUUCUUAAAGAGCUGGGCACCUUCGCGCAGAGCUCCGUCGCGCUCCACCAGUCCAUUCCCGGCUUCCAGACCUCGUUCCAGCCCUGCAACCUGCUGGGGGCCGUGCGGCUCGUCGAGGAAGUCAGCGCGCACAUCAGCGUCGACUGGAGCCCUCGCAAAGCUGUCAAGAAGACCGCAGAUGAAUUUCCCUGUUUGCCAAAACAAGUGGCAUGGACCCUGGCUACAAGCAAGGUUUUCAUGUACCCGGAGCUCCUUCCAGUGUGUUCUCUGAAGGCGAAGAACCCCCAGGAUAAGAUUUUCUUCACCAAGGCCGAGGACAAUUUGUUGGCUCUAGGGCUGAAGCACUUUGAAGGAACCAAGUUUCCUAAGCUGCUGAUCAGCAAGUACCUCCUCACCUGUAAGACCGCCCACCAGCUGACAGUCAGGAUCAAGAACCUGAACAUGAACCGGGCCCCCGACAACAUCAUCAAGUUUUACAAGAAGACCAGACAGCUGCCCGUGCUGCUGAAAUGCUGUGAGGAGAUCCAGCCCCACCAGUGGAAGCCGCCGGUCGAGAGGGAAGAGCACCGGCUUCCGUUCUGGUUAAAGGCCAGUCUGCCGUCCAUCCAGGAGGAGCUGUGGCGCAGAGCUGACGGGGCCAGAGGGGCAGGAAAUGGGACUGGAACCGCCGAGGGCAGCUCAGAGCCAGACCUGGGGAAAGGCAGCUCGGAACCGGGGAGUGAGAGUCCGUACCCACUGCUGUUGCCCAAGGGUGUAGUCCUGAAACUGAAGCCCGUGGCCAACUGUUUCUCCAGGAGGGCCUGGAGACAGAAGCGGCCAUCAGUCCUGAAGCCGCUGCUGAUCAGACCCAGCCCCUCCCUCCAGCCCAGCUCCACGGCUGGGAAAACACCAGCGAGGUCAGCUCCGUCCGAAGCCCCUCCGAGCAAAAUGGUGGUCCGGAUUCCUCAUGUGCUCCAGCCGGCCACCGUCGUACAGACGGUGCCGGGUGUCCCUCCACUGGGGGUCAGGGCCGGCGAGGCUUUCGAGUCUCCGGCAGCACUGCCUCCCACGGCCCCUGAGGCCGGGACCAGCUUCCCUCUGUCUGAGCCUCAGACCCUGCUCUCCUCUGCCCCUGUGCCCAAGCUCAUGCUGCCCUCACUUGCCUCUUCUAAGUUUCGAAAGCCGUGUGCAAAGCCGAGAGCCUCCAAGAGAAAGGGGGCCAAGGCCUCUCUGUGUCUGGAACCAGCGUCCCUCCUCCACCCGGUCCCCGUUAUCUUCACGGUGCCCGCCACCACGGUGAAGGUCGUCAGCCUUGGCAGUGGCUGCAACGUGAUCCAGCCCGUCAAUGCGGCCGUGGCCCAGACUCCUCAGACCAUUCCCAUCACCACCCUCCUUGUCAACCCCACCUCCUUCCCCUGCCCCCUGAGCCAGCCGCUUGUGGCCUCCUCUCUCCCCCCGCUAAUUGUUUCCCGCAGCUCUGUGAGUCUGCCUGUCCCGUCCACCCCUGAAGAUCAGGCCCCGGUGAAUGUGGACAUUGGGUGUCCCGUGGCUGAAGGGAAAAAUGCCUUUCAAGGCCUAGAACCCAAACUAGAACCCCAGGAACCCUCUCCUCUCUGUGCUCCUGUCUUCCCCAAGGAGGAGCACAGCCCAGGGCCCCCAGCAGCAGAUCGCGUGAGCCAGGAAGAGCGGCCAGAGAACCGUGCCUGUGGCUGGGCUCUGGGGAAGGCCGAGGGCGAGGGCGGGAGGCGGGCUCUGGAGCCGCUGCCCCCGGGGGACUUGCAGGAAAUGGUCAAGAUAGAACCUCAAGACCCUGGGGAGGGUGACUCUAGUGGGUCCGCAGGGCAGGACACCUGUGAGGACAUCAGAGAAGAACAUUCUGUGACAUUGGACGCUGGCUUCCCCGGGGAGGAGCCGAGCGGUCCUAGCGAGCUGAGACAGCCAGCCUUGCAGCAGGAGGAGGAGAGAAGGGAGCCGGCUAGAGCCGCGGCAGCUUCUCGGGAACCUCGGGAUCAGGGAGACUCCGGAGAUGGGAGCAGAGGCUCUCCCAAGACGGCUUCUUCCUGCGCCGACCCUGAAGGGGUGCGAGGGAGCCCCCCAGGCAAGUCUGAGGACCUCGCUAGUGCCAGUGGCCAGACGCGGGCGACCCCGGCUGGGCCAGAAGCUGGUGGAGAGAAGGACGGGCCGGAGGACGAGGAGGAAGAGGACUUCGACGACCUGACCCAGGACGAGGAGGACGAGAUGUCCUCAGCCUCUGAGGAGUCUGUGCUGUCGGUCCCGGAGCUCCAGGAGACCAUGGAGAAACUGACCUGGCUGGCCUCUGAGAGGCGUGCGGGCCAGGAGGGCGAGUCUGAGGAGGACAACUCACAGGAAGAGAACUCUGAGCCGGAAGAAGAGGAGGAAGAGGAGGCAGAAGGGAUGGAAAGUCUGCAGAAGGAGGACGAAAUGACAGACGAAGCCGUGGGAGACCCUGCUGAGAAGCUGCCGGCCACCUUCGCCUCGCCUGGGACCGCCCCGGAAGCGGAGGCCAGCAGCGCCCCGGCAGGUGAGGGGGAGCCUGGUGUGCGGGGUGGCUCUCAGCGGGCCUCCUUUGUCAGUGCCGUGCCGGGUGGCUGGUCUGAAAGCCAGUGUGAGACUUUAGAGGCAGUCCUCUGGGGCCCCUGCAUGCUCCCCUCCCCCAUACAGGUUUGCCUACACCCUUCGCAGAGAAGCGCGCUCAGACCGUCCGGGUGUGACUCUUCCCAGCCGCUAGGAGAGCGCGGCCGAGCUGCUGGGAAGGGCCGGGGCAGUCAGCGAGUUCGAAGCAAGCGGGGAAGCCGAGCCCGGGCCAGCAAGGACACAUCCAAGCUGCUGCUGCUAUAUGACGAGGACAUUCUCGAGCGGGACCCCCUUAGGGAGCAGAAGGAUCUGGCCUUUGCUCAGGCUUACUUGACCAGGGUCCGAGAAGCGCUGCAGCACAUCCCCGGCAAGUACGAGGACUUCCUGCAGGUCAUCCACGAGUUCGAGUCCGGCACCCAGAGGCAGACAGCGGUGGGCCUCUACAGAAGCCUGCAGGCUCUGCUCCAGGACUGGCCUCAGCUGCUGAGGGAUUUUGCGGCUUUCUUGCUGCCUGAGCAGGCUCUGGCCUGCGGAUUAUUUGAGGAGCAGCAGGCGUUUGAGAAGAGUCGCAAGUUUCUCCGGCAGCUGGAGAUUUGCUUUGCAGAGAACCCCUCGCACCACCAGAAGAUCAUCAAGGUCCUCCAGAGCUGUGCGGACUGCCUGCCCCAGGAGAUCACGGAGCUCAAGACACAGAUGUGGCAGCUUCUCAAGGGCCACGACCACCUGCAGGAGGAGUUCUCCGUCUUCUUUGAUCACCUGCGCCCAGCGGCCAGCCGCAUGGGGGACUUCGAGGAGAUCAGCUGGACAGAGGAGAAGGAGUACGAGUUCGAUGGCUUCGAAGAAGUGGCGCUGCCUGACGUGGAGGAUGAGGAGGAGCCCCCCAAGACGCCCGCAGCCUCCAAGAGCAAAAGGAGAAAGGAGACUGGGGUCCAGAGUCAUGACAAGGAGGCUGAGUGGCCGGACACUGCCAAGGACUGUGCCUGCUCCUGCCAUGAUGGAGGCCCCGAGUCCAGGCUGAAGAAGAGCAAGAGGAGAAGCUGCGGCCACUGUGGCGGCAGGGUGAGCGCGGCAGCAGCGGUCUGUGACAGCAAGUCCUACAAGAGCAAGGAGCCCCAGGAGUUGGCGGGAAGCAGUCCCCACCGGGAGGCCAGCAAAGACCUGCAGGAGGCGACGGCCCGCGAGGAGUGCGAAGGCCCGGAGGCGAACCAGGACCAGCCCGGCGGGCGUGCCGGAGGCGGAGGAGCACCUGUUCCCGCAGGACUGGCAGUGGGGAGCACUCCGCUGUCCCCUCAGGAAGCGAGUCUUACGGAUCGGCUCGUCCUGGGGGGCCCCCGGCCCUAUGCGCCGGAGACGACCCAGCUUUCCUCCAGUACCGGAGCCGUGUGCGCUGGGAGGAGCCAGGCCUCGCCCGAGGUCCUCUCCUGCCCUCGGGCGUCGUCCAGGCUUCCAGCCGAGGGGGAGGACCAGGAGGCAGUGGGUGAGCCAGAGGCUUCUGUGCCAGCCUGGGCGGCUUCGGAAAUGGAGAAAUGGCCUGGAACCGUUGAGACCCCUGCUUCCUUCCUGAGUCCUGUUUCCUCAAGGACCAGAGACAUGGGGAGAAGACAGAUGUCCGAGAGGUCAGACGCUCCAGAGAGCUGGCUGCUGGCGGACACAGCCGCGGUGAGGAUCGCAGACAGGACGUCCCCCGUGUGCGACUCUUCAUUGGGAACGGACCCCUCAGAGUCUUCAUCCACGGCCCCUCGGGGAGCUCUGGCUAAAGACAGCGGAACCCCGGGCAAGGGUCCCGUGGGGGAGCUGCACCCGAAGGCCACAGAAGCCACGGUGUGUGCCAAUAACAGCAAGGUCAGCUCCACCGGGGAGAAGGUGGUCCUGUGGACGAGGGAGGCCGACCGCGUGAUCCUCACCAUGUGUCAGCAGCAAGGGGCGCAGCCGCAGACGUUCCGCGGCAUCUCGCAGCGGCUGGGAAACAAGACCCCCACCGAGGUGUCCCACCGCUUCCGGGAACUCGUGCAGCUCUUCCACACGGCCUGUGAGGCCAGCUCCGAGGAGGACGACGAUGCCACCAGCACGAGCAACGCCGACCAGCUCUCUGACCGCGGGGACCUUCUGUCCGAGGAGGAGCUGGACGGGUGACUGUGGGCGCACGUGGGGGUCGCAUCCCCCCCACCCGCGCCGGUGCCCCAAGCGGGGGGCGCUUGUACUGUGCCGGGCCACCGCCCUUGAGCUCAGAAUACAGAGCUGGAGGAGCAGGGGCUGAGGACAAGGAUGGAGGCAGACAGGGCUGGACGGCUAUGCCCACGAA